AUAAUAAAUAAAAAUUCAAAAAAAAAAAUAGUACCGUUAUAAAAUUCUCGAAAUGGAUAUAAUAAAAUGAUGGAAGAUCAAUUAAAAAAAAAAUUUUUAUUUUAUUUUUAAAAUUAACAAAAUAAAAAUAAAAAAUAAAAAUUAAAUAAUUAUAAAAAAAAAAUAUAAAUAAAAAAGAAAAUAUUAAAAAAUUUCGUAUAAAAAAAAAAUAAAUUUUUUUUUCGCAUUAAUAAAAAUUAUAUAAAAAAGAAGAGAAAAAAAAAAACAAAUAAAAAAAAACCUCAACAUAAUGCCGGUGAGACGUGGACACGUGGCACCAAAGACCACUUUAAUUGAGACCAUCAUUAGGAAAUUUGAUACACAUAAUAGAAGUUUUUUAGUAGCAAAUGCCCAAUCAGAGACGCAUCAUAUCAUUUGGUGUUCGGAUGGUUUCUGUAAAAUGACUGGUUUUACACGCGCUGAAGUGAUGCAGCGCUCAAGUUCAACUGAUUUUCUUCACGGACCAAUGACAUCACAAGUGGCUGUGAAUCUUAUUAGGGAGGCUCUUACAAAAGGCUAUGAAAAACAUUUUGAAAUUUUAUACUAUCGUAAAAAUGGGACGAAAUUUCUUUGCUCAGAAGUUAUAGCACCUAUCCGUUCAGAGGCUGAUGAUAUCUCAUUGUAUAUAAUUAAUUUUGAAGAUUUAUCAAAUCCUACAACAUCAGAGCCACCAAUUGAUGAACCGCCUGGAAGGUUAAGUAAAUUUGAUAGAGCACGUGCUAGUUUUAAGCAAUCGUUUAAAUUCGGUGGUCUAAGAGAACGUGGCCUUAGAUUAGCUGGUUAUUUAACGCCUCCAUCCGAUGUAACACAAGAAGAAGAGGAAGCUCAUGAAAACCAAGUUACCCUCCCAAAAAUUGAAUCGGGAAAGGUAUGGACACCAGUAUCAACACCAACAUCAACAUUGCGAAGUAAAGAGACUGAAAAAUUACGUGAUUCCUUACGUUUAGAAGAUUUAAAAACUGUAGUACCAGAUAGGGUGACUGCUAAAUCAAUUGCCUAUAUAAGCACUUUUAUGGUAGAAACAGAAUGCCAUGGAAAUUUUAUUAAAAAACCCGUAACUGCUAAAAAAGACAAAUCAGAAUUUGUACAUACUAAAAGUUUAGAUUUUGAUAGUCACUAUAAAGAUGAGGAUCAAAGACUUAUACACAAUGUUGUAAAUGAAACCACAAAACCAAUUAGUAAUCAUGGCCUUUUACAUAAACGAGCUCAUACUGUCGACGAUUUUAUGAAAGGAGCAGCUGGUCAUCAAGCUAGGCAAUUUUUUCCAUGUGUUUCUUCAGAAAGUGAUCUCCAGCGUUAUAAAGCGAUUUCAUUCCGUCAAAAUUCAUGUAUUAUCGAACCACAUCAAAGAACAACCAGUUCAUCACUGUCAAAUGUGCCUUCAGAUAUGAAAUCAGAUAAACAAAAGCAUUUUAGCACGCAUAGCACACCAAGAAGUGCAGCUGCUUACAUGGAAAAACAUGAUAAAGUAACGUGCCAUUACCCAUUCAAUGAUAAUGGAUCAGCAAAGUUUUUUCAAGGGAGUCGCCAUACGCCAAAUAUGGGAGAAAAGGUAGCACAGAUUUUCACAAACUUAUAAAAGAAACUGUUAAAA